AUGAAGACCUUCGUAGUUUCUUUACUCGUCGCUUCACUCAUCGCUAUUAGCGCAAGUGAAUCCGUAAAGAAAGUGCAGAAACGUGGUCUUAUCGGUGGCAACCAUGGCUUUGGCGUAUCGGGUGAAGUAGCUUCAGCUGACUCCGGAUACCUCCCACCUGUAUCUUCCAUAACAUCUGUCAAGAAACCCUACGUAGUGUCCUCCGGUCCAGCCUCGUCCUAUGGUGUCCCAGCGUCGGUGUCAUCUUACUCUGUUCCAGCGCCAGUUUAUGAUGUUCCAGUCUCUGCACCAGUUACAUCCUAUAGCAGCUCUGUUUCGUCAGUAGUUCCAUCCUAUACCGCUUCUGUCUCCGCUCCUGUUUCUGCUCCAGCACACGCUCAUGUCUCUGCUCCAGUCCAGGCCCCUGUUUCUGUUCCAUUCCACGCUCCCGUCUCUGUUCCAGUCGCAUCUUAUGGUGCCCCUGUUGCUGCACCUCUUCCAUCUUACAGCGCCUCUGUCUCAGUACCAAGUUCAAGUUAUGGAGUCCCUAGUCUGUCACCAGCACCAGUUCACAGCAGCCCUGCUCUAGCUGCUUCGAUACCUUUGUCCGUGGGAUCCGUCAGUGUACCUAGCACUUCUUAUGGAGUACCAAGCGCCGUUGUUCAUUCCGUGCCCUCUGUGGGAGUCUCAUACAGCUCAGCCAAUUAUCCAAGUAAAAAUUAUGGAGUCCCGUCAAGCUACGUUUCUGGAGGUGGACUUUCAUUGAAUUCUUUCAACGUGCCCAGCAGAGUUUAUGGAGUACCUAGCUCAGGUAGCUAUAGCAGUGGAUACUCUAGUGGAUCAGUAUCAAUUUCAUCGUCGGGCAGCUUGGCAUCGAGCUCUACUCACGCAGCUUCCAAUGAUGGAUAUUCGUACCCUGUACCGUCGAAACAAUUAUUUGUCUAA